AUGCUAAAAAUGCCAAGAAAGGCUAAUACAACUCCACUUAGGGAAGUUGGAGAAGCUUUUUUCUACAUGGAUCCCACAACAAAGCUAAUUGACUCCGAAUCAGGUGUAAAUCAAACAACUAGAAAUCCACUAUACAACACAUUAAAGUAUGUUUUCCCUAAGAAUCCGGAAAUUGGAUAUAUGAUGAUGUCAGAUCAACCUCCAAACAAAGCAAAAGUUUCUGAUACAUACGCUCACAAAAAAGGUGUCCUCAUUUUUGACUCUGAUAAUGGAAUUUAUCUUGAACAUUCAACUCCUAAAUUCCCUGAAGAUCCUGACGACUCAAGCACCUAUUCUUUUGCAAGCACUGGACUUGUUUACGGUCAAAGCUUCUUUUGCUUGACCUUAACUCAUAAAGAUCUUGACGGAUGGGCAGAAGGAGCUCUAAUAGAAAAGCCAUACGUCUAUGCAUCUAACAUUCCAUCAUACACUCAAGAAAAGCUACCAAAUGUUAUCAGACUUUCCAAUUCCGAAUGGAAUGAUAAUCAAAUGACUCGAAUACAAGAAAUAAACAUAGGAGAACACUACAUUCGUCUAUACUCAAAGCAUAGAUACUGGGGUAAGGAUAUUUACCAUGAUUUACUUGCACCUGAUCUACAAACAACGGUUUUAACUGAAACAUGGUCUAGAGGAAUAAAUACGAUGAAUUCAAACUGUACCGGAUCUUAUCAUUCCCUAAAUAUUUUGAAUUUGAUGUUUCAAGGACAAGUUUGGGGAAGAAUGAACGACCACUCAAAAUGGUGCAUUGCCGACGAUUACUACUGCAUUGGUGGAAUCAAUAGACAAGAAAAGCAGCUAGAAAGAGGCGGAGGUGCUUGGUGUUUGAAAAAUUAUGAAUUUACAAAGACAAUAAGGGAUGCAAUAACCUACAUGGAGGAAUGUGAUCUCGAAUGA